AUGUCGUCGAUGGAUGCCAAGGAAUGGACAGAGAUUCUUGACGCGAUUUCUUUUUCCCCAAACGAAACCAAUCAUGACCCAUUAAUCAACCCUACCGCCGAAAUCAGGGAUUCGACGAGAAACGGUGUUAGGGUUUGGCUCGGGGCGUUCAAGACUGAAGAAGAAGCAGCUAUGGCUUACGAUAAAGCCGCGGUUAGAACUAGAGGAAUUCAAAAAGCUCACACCAACUUUCAACUCGAGAUGGUUAUAAAAGCUAUGGAAAUGGAUUGCCUCCCAAGUUACUACCCGAGAAACCGCUCAAAUACGCCCCAACCGUUCACAAACCGCCACGAGAUUAGACUGGGAACGGGAAAUGAGGCGCUUAGGGCUUCAUCACUUGUGGACUUCUUGGGAGUGAAGAAAUUUGGUUAG